GUGAUAACGCCAGAGCAUAUAAAUCAACGAUUGAUUUAUAUGCUCUGAUAUCGCCAACAUCUCGCGCAAAUUUCGAAGAAAAUAACGAUAAAUAAAAUCAAAGCUCUGCCGCUAACUGUACUGCGAUAUCCAUUUUUCAAUAUUCCGCGGAAAAGGAUGUCGACAACGCCUGUGUUCGUUAUCUUACGGUGACCUAUUUCGUCAUAGGAGUAUAAGGACCGAGAUAGCGCCGCCAGUGGCCGAGUGAAGAGGGAGCGAAAACGUGGGAAAACAACAGUAGGCAGCAUCGCAGCGUGGCGUUGAGCUGAACAUUGCGAAAGCCCAGCAAUCGACAACGUCAGUCAUGACUGAGGGAGACCGAAGUGAAUCCACCGUGCUGACUCCUCCGGGAUUAACGUGUGCUGCCGAGUGCGUAAAGGACACGGCCAAGGUUCCCGAUGGAGAGGCGAGAGUCCGCAAACUUCGACUAAACGACCAAAUACGAGAACUGCAGACCGUACUGAGAGACAAGAACACCACAAGGAGUGACUUCGUGUUCUAUGCCGACCGAUUGAUACGCCUCGUUGUUGAGGAAGGCCUCAACCAGCUCCCGUACAACAAAUGCACGAUCACGACGCCGACCGGCGUGAAAUACGACGGGCUGCGAUACGAGCGAGGCAACUGCGGCGUCAGCAUCAUGCGCAGCGGCGAGGCGAUGGAGAAGGGACUGCGCGAGUGCUGCCGCUCGAUACGCAUCGGCAAGAUUCUCAUACAGAGCGACGAGGACACGCACGAAGCGAAAGUGUUCUACGCAAAGUUCCCGAACGACAUCCGGAAGCGAAAGAUACUUCUCAUGUACCCAAUCAUGAGUGAGUUGUUGUUGUUGUUGUUGUUGUUGUUGUUGUUGUCUGCUCAUGUACCUAAUCAUAAGUGAGUUGUUCUUCUGAGUUCGUUCGUUACACCACACGCGGGCGUCAGCGUGUCGUCCGUCUUAUCCACAUUCCCCGAUAUCACAAUGCUCACCACGGAGAUACACCAGGACGCGCCCAACCAUUUCGGCGCCCGCUACUUCGGCACCGAGUGACGACGCCCGUAGAUGGCGCCACCGCGGGCUGGCGGGUCUCAUCUCGUCUCAAGCGUAGGUGGCGAAGCGAUGAAGAAAACCCGUAUGAAUUCGCGUCGGUCCGCGGGUGGGUGCGUGAGCGAGUGGGUGGGCGGUGGAGGGAGGGGAGGGCGUUUCGCGGAGGUUUAACGGACGGAGACGAUUCGUCGGAGGUUUGCCGGAGAUUUACUGGCGAUUUACUGGAGAAAUGCUCGAGAUUUACUGAGGAUUUAUCGGAGAUCCACCGGGAAUUUGCCGUGGAUUUUCCGGGGAUUCAGUCGGAAGACGGACGCUAGGAUUUGCUCCGAUUCAUCUUCCCACCCAUGUUCCCGCUUCCCAGACGCGGCCGCGCGCGCGAUAGAAAAGUGCGGGGUGCCGAUUUCUUCCAUCUGCUUUUUUUGUGUUGACGUGUCCGAUUCACAACGUGCCAAUAAUUAAAUAGAGCUUAACGACUUGACGUGCAGGCAUGCAAAGAGACGAGAGAGAGAGAGGGAGAGGGAGAGGGAGAGGGAGAGGGAGAGGGAGGGGAGAGGAAGAGAGGAAGAG